UCAAGGAAGUAAAGUAGCAGACUUAUGCAAGGGUUGCAUAAACAAAACUUUAUGUGUGUGUAAAGUAAGGGCAGAUCCAUUUGGGCUGUUUGAGUAAACUGCAGAUAAACAUAUUGCUGCUCAACAACAAUGGCACAAGUACCCAAAGUCCGCUUGUCCGAGGGCCUUGAGAUCUGUAGAAUAUUAAAUGGGAUGUGGCAGGUUUCGGGGGCUCAUGGGCCUAUUGAUACUCCAAAAGCAGUAAAUGCCAUGGAUGCCUAUAUAAAUGCUGGGCUGACCACUUUUGACAUGGCGGAUAUUUAUGGACCAGCAGAAGAUAUAUUCUGAGCCUUUUCCAGCCAGCUGAAAACCAGAAAAGGAGAAGAAGCUCUGAAAGGAAUCCAGGGUCUGACCAAGUGGGUGCCCCACCCCGGGCCUAUGAGCAGAAACGUGGUCGAGAAAGCUAUCCAGCAGUCACUGAAGAGAAUGAGAGUGAAGAGCCUGGACUGUUUGCAGUUUCACUGGUGGGAUUAUAGUGACAAGAGGUACCUGGAAGCACUGGGACAUCUCUCAGAUCUCCAACAAGAGGGGGUGAUACGGGAACUUGCCUUGACCAACUUUGACACAAAAAGACUGGAGGAAAUCACUGGCAAAGGAAUCCGCAUCUCCAGCAAUCAGGUCCAGUACUCCCUGAUUGACAGGCGGCCAAUGGUGAAAAUGGCUCAGUUCUGCGAUUCACAGGGAAUUCAACUCCUCGCCUAUGGAACUCUGGGUGGGGGUCUCAUCAGUGAGAAGUAUUUGGGGGCUGCAGAGCCCAGGGGCCAAGGAGAGCUCAAGACUGCAUCUCUGAGCAAAUACAAGAACAUGAUCAACAUGUGGGGUGGCUGGGGUCUCUUCCAGGAGCUGCUGGGCAGCCUGGACUCUGUCGCCCGGUCUCAGCACUGCACCAUCGUCAACGUGGCCAUCAAGUACAUCCUGGACAUGCCGGCGGUGGGCGGAGUGAUCGUGGGCAGCCGGCUCGGGGUGCCAGGAGCUGAGCACAUCCAGGAGAAUCUGAAGAGCUUUGAGGUCAACCUCUCUGCCAAUGACAUCAGCAAGAUCGAAAGUGUUCUGAGCCGCUCCAAGGACCUAAUUGCAGUAAUUGGUGAUUGCGGAGAUGAGUACAGAAACUAGAGGAUUAGAAAUUUACACCUCAGUGACUUUGGGUCAUAUUCAGAAAAAAAAGAACACUACUUUUUUGUUUUUAACAAAAGCUUUUAUCUGAAUUUUGUUUUAUCUGAAUAUAUAUAUAUAUAUAGUGGGUUUGGUAUGGGUGGUGGAGUGUGGUAAUUAAAAGUGGAUUUAUUGCUCCCCCUUUCUUUCUGUCCUGUUUUGUAUAAUGAUGGACACCCAAAAAUAAACCCACCUGCACUGUUAAAGAUAAUAAAUAUAUGUGGAGAAUCAUUUGACUUGUGCAUGGAGCUAUAGUAGUGCCUUUGUGUAUGCAUAUGAAUUUGCUCAUAUAUCAGUCGCUCAAGGGCUUCACCGCUCCCCCUGCACGGUUUGCUUUAUACAAACAAUUGUGUGCGGACACAUGCAGAUAAAAAUUAAAUUAUAAACGGGUACAGAGCAAGAAUUUCCAAACAAGUUAGAAUAUACCAGUUAGCCAUCUUAAAAAUAAACCAACAAUACAUCAUUUUCUUUCAAAUAUUGUGUGCUUAGAUUUCUUUGAUGUUUAGUAAGGCUAACUCCUGCUUAUUGUUCACAUUCUGGAGGCCCCAUUGCCUUACAUCAACAAAUAAAAUGAACUUAAUGUAUUUUUAUAUUGUUUUAGUUUAGAAGGUAUACAUUUUGUCAGUAAAACAAACAAACUUUGCAUCACAAAAACUGAAUCUCUUUGCCAGGUGUUUGGCACCCCAUUCUUCAGUACAGUUGUACAACAUUAUGAAUCAACUUUAAGAGACCUUGAAGAAUAUUCUAAGCUGUAAACACUUCUACCCUCUAACAUAAAUUAUACUUGUAAAAAUAAGAAAACAAAGUAAAACUACACACAUUGGGUGAUAUGUGAUUGUGGUGCUUUCCUUAAUCCUACAUGCCAAUUUACUGCAAGCAUGCUAAGCAAUGAAUAAUGAGUUUCUGUCCAUUUUAAACCCAUGGUGAUUCUGUUAUGUAUUAGCAGUAGCAUGUGAUGUCAUUCUAAUAUGAUUUUUACAAAGUCGUUGUAAACAAACACCCCUUUUAAUGCAAUGCAUGUUUUACUCACGGUAGCCUACUUGUUGCAGAGGAAGUUUAUUUAGUUGUUAGGGCAGCCCCCGGUGGACUUCUAACAGCGAUUCAAGGCAACCAGAGCAUUUGAAAGGUGGUAUACAUUGUAUUUCUUUCCCCAAACCAAAGACUAAUUUUGAAAAAUGUGUACCAUGGAUCAAGCUUUGCCAGAGGCCGCAAGAAUAGCCUGCGGAGGACAUGCACCCAAUGUGUGCUGAACCUGCCCUCAUACAGGUUUAGGAACAAUUCAUAAGGUUUUAUUGCUACACCCUUCCCACUGGAGCGACACAAUUUUGUUGUAAACCUUUGUCAAAAUAAAAAAAAGGACAGGAAUAAUAGCACUUCAAUCAUAGCGUGCUGACUCUGUUUUCGUUGCAAUGUACCCAUUAACAUAACACACAU